UCUCAAGUUUUACUGACAAAUGAUGUGUAUUACAGACAUAAAGCAUUUACAGUAUUUGCAGGAUUUGGGUUGAGUUUUAUUCAGCACAUUUUUGUGGAAACAGCAGCAAACUUUGGUACAUGGUUAUAACCUGUAAUAAAUUCAAAAAUGUAUAAAAAGAGCCAUGCAAAAUCCUGACACCAUGGGUGUAAAUGUUUACAUUGACAUGACUGUUUCCUUGUUGUUAGUUCCUCUUUGACAGUUCAUGUGACUGGACAUUUAUUAUCAUCACUUGCUCAGAGCACAUCAUUACCUGGAAGCUUGCAGCAUGGCACAGCUCACCAACGCUGUGGUUACUUCUAACAUCUCCUCCUCUCCUGGAUAUUCACCCCAUUUUUCAUGGGACUACAGUGGUAUAGCUGCUGUAGUAGUGCUGUCCAUCUGCUUCCUGCUGGGAUUCCCUGGAAACAUCGCUGUCAUCAUUCUCAAGCCAAACUGGGAGAACAUGUCCAGUCUGACCCAGAGUUUGAUGCUGAACCUGGCUGUGUCGGGCCUACUUUGCAUGUUUACCAUUCCAUUUUGGAUUUACUCUUUCCUCAACAGCUGGACCCUGGGCCUGGUGGGCUGCAAGAUCAUAACAUAUUUUGGGUACUGCAGCAUAUAUGCCAGCCUGCUGACUGUGACUGUGAUGAGUGUCCAGCGUUACUUUCAGGUGGUAUACCUGCAAAGGAAUUUAAACCACAUACAAGCAUGGAAGCUGCUGGUUCCACUCUGGCUGGUUGCAAUGAUCCUGUCCAUUCCUGCUUUAGUGGUUCGACAGCUGGUAGAACAGUCGGAUUGGACAUAUUGCAAACAUCAAUACUAUUCGGUGAACCAGUCAAUGGCCGUGUUGUUGGCAGAGAUACUUGUGGGUUUUGUUUCAGUUUCUGUCAAUGUUUUUUCAUACAUCUGCCUCUACAGAGAGGUGAAUCAGGCAGCCUUUUUCAACAAUCCACAGACCACCAGACUCAUUACCAGUAUCAUUGUAACCUUUUUUGUCGUGUGGGUGCCAUGUCUUGCCAUAAAUGUCCUGGGUGUGGCAGCUAUUUCCCUAAACAAUAAGGACUUGCUGAAGUUUUGCGAAGCAGCAUGGGGCACUGUUACAGCACUAACGUUUGCAAACGGUGCAGUGAAUCCACUCCUGUAUGCCUUUACUUCUAAUGGUUUGUCCACUCUGUGCCAAAAAAAUGCUGAACAUUUAAUGCAGAAGCUCAGAAUUCCCCCACAAUCUAAGUCAGCAAAUACCGUUUCAGACGUAAGAUGACAACGUUGAAAGCUCUUUAAUUAUUUAGAUUAUUUUAUCAAAUGAUUUUCCCCCUGUGAUGCUGGAUCUUCUCUGUCCUGCACUGUAAAACAACAACAACAGAAAUAUACAGUAAAAUAAUUGUGUGUAAACAACAAAAUUACCUAUAAUAUCGCCAAUCACUGUUCUAAUACAAUUAAUCAGACCUAACAUAACAGUGCUGUUGGAUUUUAUUAUGUGUCUUAUAUGCAAUGUUAUACUUUUACUUUUAAUCCAUAAUUAAUGUCAUAAUAA